AUGUUCUCAAAGGUUUUCGUCCUCGUGGCAGUGGUUGCUUCUCUGGAGACUGUGCUUUGCCACGGGAUCUCCUCACAAUUCAUCCACCGCCAUGAUGGUCCCGCCCAUCCAGUCCAUGUGGCUGGACACGAUCACGGUCAUUCGCAUGGACAUGCUAUUGACUAUUAUGCUUACCCUAAGUACGAAUUCGGUUAUAAAGUAGAAGACCCUCAUACCGGUGACAUCAAAUCUCAACACGAGCACCGCGACGGUGAUGUCGUCAAGGGAUACUACGCCCUACAUCAACCCGACGGCUCUGUCAGACACGUUGAAUACCAUGGUGACAAGCAUUCUGGUUUCCACGCUGAUGUAAAACACGGCACCCACCACAUCGUACCCUACCACAACAAUCACCACUACUGA